ACUAAAAAUAGCCACGUUGUUUCGUUGAGUUUGGAGACUCUAAAUCUUCCUUUGUCAUGAUACAGCACAUUAAGUACUUAACGGUACCAACAUUAAUAACCAUGGACCAUUGGCGCAUUUUUUGCAUGUUUUUUUAGUGAGCCCCAUACUACUUAUAGAGAGAGAACAACAAGGAAUGAGCAUCACACAUCAUGAACCAAACCCAAAGCCCUUCUGAUGAUAACAAUGCCAAGCAGACCAGAACCGGAGAGAAGUCCACGGAACCGGAGUGGAUAACCGAAACGAUCAAUGGUGGAUCCACACGCCACGUCGAUCUCCAUACAGGAAUCAACGGCUUUGCUGCACCUCCAGGAGACGUAUUCUCUGUCCGAUCCGCCGACUACUUCACCAGCAAACAGAAAUGUCCCGGUGGAGACUACCUCCUCUCUGCCGCCGGCGUUGACUGGCUCAAAUCCAGUACCAACCUCGACAACAUCCUAGCUCGUCCCGACAACCGCGUGGCUCACGCGCUCAGAAAAGCACAGUCUCUUGGCCGAUCCCAAAACGGUUUCAUCUUCGCUGUGAACUUUCAUAUUCCAGGCAAGGAACACUACCACUCGGUGCACUACUUCGCGACGGACCAACCCAUUCCAUUAGACUCUCUCCUAAAACGGUUCAUAGACGGAGACGACUCGUUCCGUAACGAGAGGUUCAAGAUAGUGAGCCAAGUGGUGAAAGGGCCAUGGAUAGUUAAAGCGGCCGCAGGGCAGUUCGGCGCGUUCCUUGCGGCUAAGACAGUGAGGUGUACUUACCAUAAAGGACCGAACUACUUUGAGAUCGAUAUCGAUACAGGUAGCUGGCCCAUCUUGGCGGCCCUUGUACGGCUUUUGUUCGGGUACGCAAGGAGCCUUAUUAUCGACAUUGGCUACGUUGUUGAGGCGCAAGAAGAGGAUGAGCUGCCGGAGAGACUGAUCGGAGGCAUUAGGUUGUGUCAUAUGGAGGUAUCUUCGGCGUUUGUGGUCGACCCGCAGCCAGUGAAACCGUACAGAAUGAUGGGUUCAGCGGAAGCAAGCCACGACGACAACACGCAUUGAAUUAAUUUCAAGUAAUUUUUAAUAGAAAGAUUAAAACAUUCAUAAACUGUUAUGAACUUUUUUUUGUCGGCAACUUUUUAUUUAUUAUGAAUAAGCCAUAAAGGGAUUGUUACAAAAAAACAAAAAAUAACCUAUAAGGGAUAAAGGCUGCACACUAGUCGUUACUCUCCUCGGUGUGAGCAUCGUAUCACGAGACCAAGGAUAGAGUACAGCCACGUUGCAUUUGUGAUGGUUAUGGUGAUGAUGAUUGAGACGUGUCACA